AUGCAGAUGAUUGUGUUGCGGGGAUUCACAUCAUUGUGUUGCGAAGAUGCAGAUCAUUGUUUUGCGGGGAUGCACAGCAUUGUGUUGCGAAGACGCAGAUCAUUGUUUUGCGGGGAUGCACAUCAUUGUGUUGCGAAGAUGCACGUCAUUGUGUUGCGAGGAUGCAGAUCAUUGCGUUGCGAGGUUGCACAUCAUUGUGUUGCGAGGAUGCGCACCAUUGUGUUGCGGGGAUGCACUUCAUUGUGUUGUGAAGAUGCACAUCAUUGUGUUGCGGGGAUGCGCACCAUUGUGCGGCGGGGAUGCACAUCAUUGCGUUGCGAGGAUGCACAUCAUUGUGUUGCGAAGAUGCACAUCAUUGUGUUGCGAGGAUGCACAUCAUUGUGUUGCGAGGAUGCACAUCAUUGUGUUGCGAAGAUGCAUAUCUGGCUUGACUCGAGGUUUGUUUGCUUGUCGGGACUCAGCUAUUUUUUUCCUCUGCUUCAUAUUGAUGUAAAGACAUUUUUUUUAUUCCUGGUUACGAUUCAGUAA